AUGGUGGGCUUAGGACCAAGACGAAAGCCUUCCCGCAAGGGGUCUAUGGCCGAUGUGCCCAAGAACUUGCUGGAAGAAAUUGCCAACCUCGAGAACAUCUUCACCGUUGAUGCUGCUAAACUCAAGCAGAUCACCGACCACUUCGUGAACGAGCUGACGGCUGGCUUGGAGAAAGAUGGGCAAAAUAUCCCCAUGAACCCCACCUGGGUCAUGAGCUUUCCAGAUGGAGAUGAGCAGGGAACCUUCCUAGCUUUAGACAUGGGUGGUACAAACUUGAGAGUGUGUGAGAUCACUUUGACGGAAGAGAAAGGCGAGUUUGAUAUCAUUCAGAGCAAGUAUCGUUUGCCGGAAGAACUAAAGACUGGCACGGCCGAUGAACUGUGGGAAUACAUUGCAGAUUGCCUGCAACAGUUUAUCGAAUAUCACCACGAGGAUGAAGAUCUGACAGAUCUCCCGCUUGGUUUCACCUUCUCCUAUCCUGCUACCCAAGAUGCCAUUGACCAUGGCGUUCUCCAGAGAUGGACCAAAGGCUUUGAUAUCUCUGGCGUUGAAGGGGAAGAUGUUGUUCCCCAAUUUCAAGCAGCUCUCGAGGCCAGGAAACUCCCAAUCAAACUCGCCGCCCUCAUCAAUGACACAACUGGCACUCUGAUUGCGUCCGCAUACACCGACCAGUCCAUGAAAAUUGGCUGCAUCUUCGGCACCGGGUGUAACGCUGCGUAUAUGGAAAACUGCGGCUCGAUACCUAAAUUGAAGCACUUGAACCUCCCAGAUGACACACCCAUGGCCAUCAAUUGCGAAUAUGGAGCCUUCGAUAACGAGCACAAGGUCCUCCCCAUCACCAAAUAUGACACCAUCAUCGACGAGGACUCACCACGACCCGGCCAACAAGCAUUCGAGAAAAUGAUCGCAGGGCUCUACCUCGGCGAGAUUUUCCGGCUCGUAGUCGUCGACCUACACGAGAACAAGAACAUCCUGUUCGAGGGCCAGAAUAUCUCGAAACUCAAGAAACCCUACACAUUAGAUGCAUCUUUCCUGUCCUUCAUCGAAGAAGACCCCUUCGAGAACUUGCAAGAAACACACGACAUGCUGGAGGAGAAACUGCAAAUCACAGCGACGAAGCCCGAAUUGGAACUCAUGCGUCGCCUGGCAGAAUUGAUCGGCACCCGGGCAGCCCGCCUCUCCGCGUGCGGCGUUGCAGCGAUCGUCAAGAAGAAGAAUAUCGAGUCCUGCCAUGUCGGCGCAGACGGCAGCGUCUUCAACAAGUACCCUCACUUCAAGCAGCGCGGCGCCCAGGCCCUCCGUGAGAUCCUGGAUUGGCCUCGCGGCAAGAAAGACCCCGUCACACUUUUGAGUGCCGAGGACGGAAGUGGCGUCGGCGCUGCCCUGAUUGCCGCUCUCACUAUCAAGCGUAUUAAGGAGGGCAAUACCGUCGGUGUAAAAGCGCUUGAUAUUUUGAAGAAAUGUUAA